UUAGUGUAGGUUCUCCCGCACUAUGUGAAGCCAAAUAUGAUAAAUAUUAUUUUUGUGACUUUCUAUAAAGUCGGUCCCCGUUCAUUGAUUGUCCCCACUCAAAACUUGAAUCCAUGGAGUUUCCUCUUUCACUCACAGCAACUAAAAUGGUUAGCAUCUUUGCCUUUCUACUCCUUAUGUACUAUGUGUUUUCCAUAUCAAAAAAGUUUACAAAGAGAAACACUAGACGGAUCAGAGCUCCACCAGAAGCUGCGGGUGCAUGGCCUCUGAUGGGUCACCUCCAUCUCUUAGGAGCCUCUCAAUUGCCACACAAAGCCUUAGGUUCUAUGGCUGACAAGUACGGGCCAAUCUUCACCAUAAAGCUCGGGCUAAACCAAGCACUAGUGGUGAGUGAUUGGGAGAUAGCUAAAGAAUGUUUCACCACCAACGACAAGGUCUUCGCCACCCGUCCAAAGUCUCUAGCAGUGGAGCUCUUGGGCUACAACUAUGCCAUGUUUGGUUUGGGUCCUUACGGCCAUUACUGGCGCCAAGUCCGAAAGAUAGUCACGCUUGAGAUUCUCUCCAACCGCCGGCUUGACAUGCUAGGACAUGUCCGAGUCUCAGAGGUAAGAACAGCCAUAAGAGAGGCAUAUGACUUAUGGGUUCAGAAAAGAACUGAUACAAAUGUGGUCAAGUUGGAGAUGAAGCAAUGGUUCGGAGAUUUAACCCUAAAUAUGAUGGUUAGGAUUCUUGCAGGAAAGCGAUAUUCGCGUGACGAGGAAGAGGGAGAACGAUUUGGAAAGGUCAUCAGAGAGUUCUUUGAAUUGCUGGGGGCGUUUGUGGUGUCUGAUGCGAUUCCUUUUCUGAGGUGUUUGGAUUUGGGAGGGUACGUGAAGGCCAUGAAGAAGACAGCAAAAGAAAUGGAUAAUAUAGCUGAAGGUUGGUUAGAGGAGCAUAAAAGAAAGAGAGAUUUUGGGAUAGUAAAGAGUGUUCAGCAAGACUUCAUGGAUGUGAUGCUGUCCAUUCUUGACCAUACCGGGGCUGAAGAACUUCCCGGUUUUGACGCUGAUACAAUCAAUAAAGCUACAUGCCUGGCAAUUCUAACAGCAGCCACUGAUACUACAACUGUGACCCUAACAUGGGCUCUCUCAUUGCUCCUAAACAAUCGACAUGUUCUUAAAAAGGUUCAAGACGAGCUCGAUGUUCACAUUGGAAGAGAACGACGAGUGGAUGAGACCGAUAUGAAGAACUUAGUCUACCUCCAAGUCGUCCUCAAAGAAACAUUGCGUUUGUACCCAGCCGCACCACUUUCUGUACCACACGAGUCCAUGGAGGACUGCAUUGUGGGUGGUUACCACAUUCCGAAGGGCACCCGUCUAUUGGUGAACCUAUGGAAGGUACACCGGGAUCCUCAUGUCUGGUUGGAUCCAAACGAGUUUCGACCAGAGAGAUUCUUAACGAGCCACAAGGAUGUCGAUGUUAAGGGGCAGCAUUUCGAGUUGAUACCAUUUGGCAGUGGACGAAGAAUGUGUCCUGGAAUUUCUUUGAGCCUCCAAGUCAUGCAAUUCACCCUGGCUAGUUUGAUUCAUGGAUUUGAAUUUGGAACUCCUUUCGACGAAGCUGUGAAUAUGAGUGAGAGCUUUGGGCUAACCAAUAUUAAAGCCACCCCAUUGGAGGUCCUUCUCACCCCACGUUUGCCUGCUAACCUUUAUAUAUGAUAGCUAGCUACACAAUGGGAAAUGUUAGGAAAUAAUGAGUGAGAUAUGAUCAAAUACAUGGGAUCAUUGUGUAUAUGUGUAAGUGGUUCAUGGAUGGUUGAAUAUGGAGCACGAACAAUAAAUAUGGGUCUGUAUCUUAGAGAUGCU